UUCACGAUGGUGUCAGUCGUCAGUCUGGAGACUGGAAGAAAGCUGCUAGUACUGUAGGUUCAAGUUGUCAUUUUAAAACUUUGUUUUUAAUUUAUUUAUACCGCAAAAUAUAAGUUAUAGUCUUAUAUUAUUCGCCAACAAAUAACACAUUAGUUCAGCGAAAAUAUUUUACUCUCGUUUAUCGUCUCUCGGGAAUCUAAACCUCAGUAGAAACUUUGCAAAGAUGGACAAGGUUGCAGCGCCUCACUGACCCAGAGAAGCCCAAGUCCCAAGGAGAGAGGAUCCUCAAGCCCCAGGGACAGGGAGACGGGCUACAGGGAGACGGGCUGCAGGGAGACGGGCUGCAGGGAGACGGGCUACAGGGAGACGGGCUACAGGGAGACGGGCUGCAGGGAGACGGGCUGCAGGGAGACGGGCUGCAGGGAGACGGGCUACAGGGAGACGGGCUACAGGGAGACGGGCUGCAGGGAGACGGGCUGCAGGGAGAUGGGCUCAGAGGAGAGGAGUUCAGCCAUGUCUCACAAGAUCUCUUCCCCCUCACACAGCAACAGCAGCUCCUCCUCCAAACACGACAGCCGACAGGACAGUUGGGAGAUUGUAGAGGGGCUGCGUGGAGGACACAGUAGUGUCCAGGAGCCCCAGAAGCAGGAUGGAUACAUGCUGAAGAGGAGGAAGUGGCCGAUGAAGGGAUGGCACAAGAGAUACUUCUACUUGGACAAGGGCAUCCUGAAGUAUGCCAAGUGUGGUGCUGACAUUGAGAAGGGGAAGUUACACGGCUGUAUUGACGUGGGUCUCUCUGUUAUGGCCAUUAAGAAGUCAGCCCAGUGCAUUGAUCUGGAUGCAGAAGAAAACAUCUAUCACCUGAAGAUCAAGUCACAGGAGCUGUUUGAUGAAUGGGUGUCUAAGCUACGCCACCAUCGGCUGUACCGUCAGAAUGAGAUUGCUAUGUACCCCCAGGAGAAGACUUACUACUACCCCCACUUCCCCCCUCCCGGGUCCCCCGGUGUGGCUGAUAGAACGCGGCAUGUGUCUCUAGCCAGGCAGGCAUCGGUCCAUGCUGCAGGUAGCUUCCCUGUGACCUGUACCAGCCAAUCCAAGGUGGCCGCCUGGCUGCAGUCCUCAGACGACAUGAACAAGUGCUCUAAAGACAUGUCAGUGUGUGAGUCCUACCUGUUGGAACUGAACCAUCUGCUACAGAGUAUGGAGGUCAUCCACCGCACCUACUCAGCUCCAGCCAUCAACGCACUACUGCAGGCUUCUACAUUUGACACCCCCAAAAAGGAAAAAAGGCCCCCAAGGAAAUGGCGUGGUUCUAAAAACUACGGCAAAGAUGUGAAAACAACACUGCAGGUUCCCAGUUGCAUCUCAUCUGGCUCCGUCCGUCUCCACGCCUCCAACCCCAACCUCUCUACUGCAGCCCUGGGGACUGCGAAGGCCUACCCUGAACCUCCCUAUAUGGACUCUCCUAUAGACGUAGCCAAACUACAGGAGGACUUCUGCCGCGUCGCUAACAACCUGUAUGCCACCAUGAAGUCAGCCCUGAGCGCUCUCACCUCUGAGAAGGAGAAGUUAAAACAGGUGCUGGACCACCAAGACACAUGCCCCCCUACCUCUCCAGGGAUUAUGGGUCUGAAGAACGCUCUGUCCUCGGCUAUAGCCCAGAACUCUGAACUGAGAGAGCGGCUGAGCAACAUUCACGCUGAGUCCAGCUGCGUCCCAGAACCCUCCACUGGGCUCAUAAACCUCUCUGGUCCCCUACAGAAGCAAGACUCCACCGAUGGAUCCCACCCCCUAGUUCACCAGGCGUCCAAUGAGAGCAGAGCAUCCAUCACAGAGUCUCUAUCAGAGUUCUUCGAUGCUCAGGAGGUUCUACUGUCUGCCAGCUCCUCAGAAAACGAGGCCUCUGAUGAUGACUCAUACAUCAGUGACAACGUCAGCGACAACAUCUCCAUGGACAACUUCAGCAACGAGACGGAGAGACCUAACUCGGGCUGUGAAGAGAACGGGGCCCUUCUGAGAAGACGCAGGUCGUGCCUCCCGUCGGCCAGCCCUAACACCAGUAACAUCAGUCUAUGGAACAUCCUUAAGAACAACAUAGGAAAAGACCUCUCCAAGGUGGCUAUGCCUGUUCAGCUGAACGAGCCCCUCAACACCCUGCAGAGACUGUGUGAGGAGCUGGAGUACAGCGAGCUGCUGGACAGAGCUGCUAACACACAGGACCCCUUUGAACGCAUGGUGUACAUAGCCACGUUUGCAGUGUCGGGGUACGCGUCCAGCUACCACCGAGCGGGAGGGAAGCCCUUCAACCCGGUCCUGGGGGAGACCUAUGAGUGUGACCGCCCCGACAAGGGCCUCCGAUUUGUAGCAGAACAGGUCAGCCAUCACCCACCUAUAUCAGCAUGCCACGCUGACUCUAAAAACUACAUAUUCUGGCAAGACAUGAGGUGGAAAAACAAGUUCUGGGGGAAGUCUAUGGAAAUAGUUCCUGUGGGCACCACCCAUGUGAUGCUGCCAGGGUUUGGGGACCACUAUGAGUGGAACAAGGUCACGUCCUGCAUCCACAACAUCCUGAGUGGGCAGCGCUGGAUAGAACACUACGGAGAGAUCUCCAUCAGGAACACCAGCACUGAUAUCUGCCAGUGUAAGGUCACCUUCAUCAAGGCCAAGUACUGGAACUCGAGUGUUAACGAGGUGGAGGGCACCAUCACAGACCACAAGGGGAAGGUCAUCCACAGACUGUUUGGGAAGUGGAACGAGGGGGUGUACUGUGGAGACCCCCCCUCUGCCACCUGCAUCUGGAGAGCCAAUGCCAUGCCGGCUGACCACGAGCAGUACUACGGCUUCACUAAGUUUGCUAUGGAGCUCAAUGAGCUGGACCCUUCACUGAAACUGCUGCUGCCUCCCACAGACACCCGGCUACGGCUCGACCAGAGGCUGCUAGAGGAGGGCAACAUAGAGGCAGCAGAGGAACAGAAGCAGAAGAUAGAACAGCAGCAGAGAGACAGACGCAGAGUCCUGGAGGAAAACACCAUGACACAUCAACCCACAUUCUUCAGGAAAUCAAAGGACGACACCUGGGUUAGCAACAACACUUACUGGGACCUGAGAAGGGAUCCAGGCUUUUCCCACCUGGACUGUCCUGUGUUGUGGUGACCUGAGAAGGUAUCCAGGCUAUCACCACCUGGACUGUCCUGUGUUGUGGUGACCUGAGAAGGGAUCCAGGCUUUUCCCACCAGGACUGUCCUGUGUUGUGGUGACCUGAGAAGGGAUCCAGGCUUUUCCCACCUGGACUGUCCUGUGUUGUGGUGACCUGAGAAGGGAUCCAGGCUUUUCCCACCUGGACUGUCCUGUGUUGUGGUGACCUGAGAAGGGAUCCAGGCUAUCACCACCUGGACUGUCCUGUGUUGUGGUGACCUGAGGAGGGAACCAGGCUAUCACCACCUGGACUGUCCUGUGUUGUGGUGACCUGAGGAGGGAACCAGGCUAUCACCACCUGGACUGUCCUGUGUUGUGGUGACCUGAGAAGGGAUCCAGGCUUUUCCCACCUGGACUGUCCUGUGUUGUGGUGACCUGAGAAGGGAUCCAGGCUUUUCCCACCUGGACUGUCCUGUGUUGUGGUGACCUGAGAAGGGAUCCAGGCUAUCACCACCUGGACUGUCCUGUGUUGUGGUGACCUGAGGAGGGAACCAGGCUAUCACCACCUGGACUGUCCUGUGUUGUGGUGACCUGAGGAGGGAACCAGGCUAUCACCACCUGGAAUGUCCUGUGUUGUGGUGACCUGAGGAGGGAACCAGGCUAUCACCACCUGGAAUGUCCUGUGUUGUGGUGACCUGAGGAGGGAAUCAGGCUAUCACCUCCUGGACUGUCCUGUGUUGUGGUGACCUGAGGAGGGAACCAGGCUAUCACCACCUGGACUGUCCUGUGUUGUGGUGACCUGAGGAGGGAACCAGGCUAUCACCUCCUGGACUGUCCUGUGUUGUGGUGACCUGAGGAGGGAACCAGGCUAUCACCACCUGGACUGUCCUGUGUUGUGGUGACCUGAGGAGGGAACCAGGCUAUCACCUCCUGGACUGUCCUGUGUUGUGGUGACCUGAGGAGGGAACCAGGCUAUCACCACCUGGACUGUCCUGUGUUGUGGUGACCUGAGGAGGGAACCAGGCUAUCACCACCUGGACUGUCCUGUGUUGUGGUGACCUGAGGAGGGAACCAGGCUAUCACCACCUGGACUGUCCUGUAUUGUGGUGACCUGAGGAGGGAACCAGGCUAUCACCACCUGGACUGGCCUGUGUUGUGGGGACCUUAGUGUGACUUUUGUGGCCACUGGUCACACACCUGGGUCAUGUUUAUUAGGCCCAGGACUGAAACAGGGAGGGACGACCUGAACGUGUCCAGUAAGAAACACUUGUACGUUCAAAAGGCACCAAACGGAAGAAAACAGACUGCAACUUCCAGUCCAAUAAGAAACUUUUUUUUUUCAGUUGCAAAACGUUUUGCUACGGUGUGCACUUAUGAACACGACCCUGUUUGGACUUCCUGUCUGUACUGUGACCCAGGCUGGCUCUGGGGGCUGGAGUCCUGCUGCUCUAUCCGUCUCAUUGGUUACGCCUCAAAUGGCACCCUAUUCCCUACAUAGUGUACUGCUUUUGACCAGAGCCCUGUGGGCCCAAGUAGUGCAUCAUACGCUAAAGGGAAUAGGGUGCCAUUUGGGACGUACGGUCUUGCACAUGUCCAUCUACUAUCCAUCAUUCACAUGUCCAUCUACUAUCCAUCAUUCACAUGUCCAUCUACUAUCCAUCAUUCACAUGUCCAUCUACUGUCCAUCAUUCACAUGUCCAUCUACUGUCCAUCAUUCACAUGUCCAUCUACUGUCCAUCUACUAUCCAUCAUUCACAUGUCCAUCUACUAUCCAUCAUUCACAUGUCCAUCUACUAUCCAUCUACUGUCCAUCAUUCACAUGUCCAUCUACUGUCCAUCAUUCACAUGUCCAUCUACUAUCCAUCAUUCACAUGUCCAUCUACUAUCCAUCUACUGUCCAUCAUUCACAUGUCCAUCUACUGUCCAUCAUUCACAUGUCCAUCUACUAUCCAUCAUUCACAUGUCCAUCUACUGUUCAUCAUUCACAUGUCCAUCUACUGUCCAUCUACUGUCCAUCAUUCACAUGUCCAUCUACUAUCCAUCUACUAUCCAUCAUUCACAUGUCCAUCUACUAUCCAUCAUUCACAUGUCCAUCUACUAUCCAUCAUUCACAUGUCCAUCUACUAUCCAUCAUUCACAUGUCCAUCUACUGUCCAUCAUUCACAUGUCCAUCUACUAUCCAUCUACUAUCCAUCUACUGUCCAUCAUUCACAUGUCCAUCUACUAUCCAUCAUUCACAUGUCCAUCUACUAUCCAUCAUUCACAUGUCCAUCUACUAUCCAUCAUUCACAUGUCCAUCUACUAUCCAUCAUUCACAUGUCCAUCUACUAUCCAUCAUUCACAUGUCCAUCUACUAUCCAUCAUUCACAUGUCCAUCUACUAUCCAUCUACUAUCCAUCAUUCACACAUUCACAUGUCCAUCUACUAUCCAUCAUUCACAUGUCCAUCUACUAUCCAUCAUUCACACAUUCACAUGUCCAUCUACUAUCCAUCAUUCACAUGUCCAUCUACUAUCCAUCAUUCACACAUGUCCAUCUACUAUCCAUCAUUCACAUGUCCAUCUACUAUCCAUCAUUCACAUGUCCAUCUACUAUCCAUCAUUCACAUGUCCAUCUACUAUCCAUCUACUAUCCAUCCUUCACAUGUCCAUCUACUGUCCAUCUACUAUCCAUCAUUCACAUGUCCAUCUACUGUCCAUCUACUAUCCAUCAUUCACAUGUCCAUCUACUAUCCAUCAUUCACAUGUCCAUCUACUGUCCAUCAUUCACAUGUCCAUCUACUGUCCAUCAUUCACAUGACCAUCUACUAUCCAUCAUUCACAUGUCCAUCUACUGUCCAUCUACUAUCCAUCAUUCACAUGUCCAUCUACUGUCCAUCUACUAUCCAUCAUUCACAUGUCCAUCUACUAUCCAACCUUCACAUGUCCAUCUACUAUCCAUCAUUCACACAUUCACAUGUCCAUCUACUAUCGAUCCUUCACAUGUCCAUCUACUAUCCAUCCUUCACAUGUCCAUCUACUAUCCAUCAUUCACACAUUCACAUGUCCAUCUACUAUCCAUCCUUCACAUGUCCAUCUACUAUCCAUCUACUAUCCAUCAUUCACACAUUCACAUGUCCAUCUACUAUCCAUCCUUCACAUGUCCAUCUACUGUCCAUCAUUCACAUGUCCAUCUACUGUCCAUCAUUCACAUGUCCAUCUACUAUCCAUCAUUCACAUGUCCAUCUACUAUCCAUCAUUCACAUGUCCAUCUACUAUCCAUCAUUCACAUGUCCAUCUACUAUCCAUCCUUCACAUGUCCAUCUACUAUCCAUCAUUCACAUGUCCAUCUACUAUCCAUCCUUCACAUGUCCAUCUACUGUCCAUCAUUCACAUGUCCAUCUACUGUCCAUCAUUCACAUGUCCAUCUACUGUCCAUCAUUCACAUGUCCAUCUACUAUCCAUCAUUCACAUGUCCAUCUACUGUCCAUCAUUCACAUGUCCAUCUACUGUCCAUCAUUCACAUGUCCAUCUACUGUCCAUCAUUCACAUGUCCAUCUACUAUCCAUCAUUCACAUGUCCAUCUACUAUCCAUCAUUCACAUGUCCAUCUACUAUCCAUCAUUCACAUGUCCAUCUACUAUCCAUCAUUCACAUGUCCAUCUACUGUCCAUCAUUCACAUGUCCAUCUACUGUCCAUCUACUGUCCAUCAUUCACAUGUCCAUCUACUAUCCAUCUACUAUCCAUCAUUCACAUGUCCAUCUACUAUCCAUCAUUCACAUGUCCAUCUACUAUCCAUCUACUAUCCAUCAUUCACAUGUCCAUCUACUAUCCAUCAUUCACAUGUCCAUCUACUGUCCAUCAUUCACAUGUCCAUCUACUAUCCAUCUACUAUCCAUCUACUGUCCAUCAUUCACAUGUCCAUCUACUGUCCAUCAUUCACAUGUCCAUCUACUGUCCAUCAUUCACAUGUCCAUCUACUAUCCAUCAUUCACAUGUCCAUCUACUAUCCAUCAUUCACAUGUCCAUCUACUAUCCAUCAUUCACAUGUCCAUCUACUAUCCAUCAUUCACAUGUCCAUCUACUAUCCAUCAUUCACAUGUCCAUCUACUAUCCAUCUACUAUCCAUCAUUCACACAUUCACAUGUCCAUCUACUAUCCAUCAUUCACAUG